AUGGGUCUUCUUGGUCUUCAAUCUAUAGAAUAUUUAUCUCGUGAUCGAACAACAUGUUUAACAUAUGUUAAUAUUCCAUCACCAAAUGAUUAUUCAUUUGCUAUAGCUGUUAUUAAUGUUGUAUCAUGGCUUGUUAAUUUACUUGAAAUUAACCCGUCCAUAGAAAAUAAUUCACAUCCAUUAUUAACACAUUUUUCUGUACAUCCAUGUAAUUUAGAUGAAUUUUUUCGAUUAUUUUCACUUGUUUUUAAUGAAUGGCAUCAAUUUUGGAUUGAUCAAAAAGCAAAUAUUAUGCAAUUUGAACAAUUAUCAAAAAUAUUUCGUGCACAAAUGUUUAUUGAAUGUCAACAAUGGCGACCUAUACAACAAGGCUUUUCAAAACAAAUAUAA